AUGGACAGCUGUCGUUUGGUCCUUCCUGAGCUGUCCGCCAAGCAGCAUGACGGCAGCACCCCCGCAGGAGCUGAGUCAAGACUCAACACCGAGGCAACUGUUCCAAAGCACCCAUUGUCAGCCCGUCUGAACUUAGGCAACGCAGACAUUCAAGAUCAAUUAUCCUUCAAAUCUGGCGCUCUCACCGAGAGAAACACAAGGACUGCUCGCAGCAGCCGGCCGCCUACAGUCGGUUUUCUGGGUGGGGCUCAUACACAUAGCUCCAAGAGUGGUGCCCUAACAGAGCGGGGAGACCGCCAAUGGCAUGCUCUGAAGAGCUCAGUGACCUGGCGGCCAAAGCGGGAGGCGAGGGGACCGCUGGUUCAGUUCCUGCUCAAGAGUGCGUGGGGCAAUGAGGCGCAGAGCGCGUCGCUGAGGGGGACUCUUGAGGAUGACCUGAAGGAGAAAUGUGGGGAGGACCCGCAGACGAGUGCCAGGAAUGCGGAAGCAGAGAGCCUGGAAAUUGCGGUCGAUACGCUGCAGAAAAGCUACAACGAGUUGAAAAAUACGUCGCGCUCUAAGGAGACCCACCUGGCAGCCAUCUCAGCCGUCUUGAGGGACCUGCGAGAAGAGGGUGGCGAGGCGCCAGAGGAACGGAGCUCGCACCGGCUGCCUGAGCUGGAGGACUCUCAACUCCUCUUCUUGUCACGGCCGUCCCUAGCUUACAUGGGGUUCUCCAUCGACGAAGACCCGGUGGUGUGCGCAGAUAAGAUGCAGGCCCUAGCUGACGAUGAAGAGCGCAAGCUACGGAUACGAAUACACUGUCAACAGCGAUACGUGUUGGAGAAGGCAAAGCUUCUCGACCAACAGAAGCAGCAACAGGAGCUCCUGCGCAGGUUGUCCAUAGAGUGUGCGGACCGGAGCCACUCGCUGCAGAUUCAGCAGGAGGAGGAGGAAAAAGCAAAGGCAAGCAUCGCCGUCUUCAGGAAACAGAUGGAAGCUCUGACCAAAGCGCGCGCGCGCGUCGCAGAGGCGAGAGCAGCGCGACACGCGGCGUUUCGAGAUUUGCAGCUAAAGCUAGAGGAGCGGCGGAAACACAAGGAGAACGUCAUUCAGGAGAUCAACGCGCGCACGGGAAUGAGCCUCAAGGAGAAAGCGGCUGCCGUGGAGAGAAAGCAGAUUGUGGUGAGCGUUUUGAAGGAGCUGCACGCCGCAGUGCUGGGGCCCCGGAUAGCGAAGGCCGUUGUUAAAGACGGCCGUCUGGUUGGACAUGACCUGUUCAAGGCGCUGAAGCGGCACGAGGACAACGAGAAUAAGCACCAGGUCCUUCAGGCGGAAGUCACCGCCGCUGAGGCGCAUAAGCAAAGUCUGCAGGCUAGAAAGGAAGCGCUCGAGGCCGAGCUCCAUGCGGCGGCGUGCCUCCCCGCGCGGCCUAGCGAGCGCGACGAGCGCGCGGGGCGCGACACGGAGGCGCUCGAGCAGCGGCAGGGCGCGGCGCGCCGGCGGCACGAGAAGGCCGUCCGGAAGUGGGCCGAGCUGGAGACGCAGGUCGCGGCCGCGGUGUCGGGGCUCGAGGGCUUGAUACACGUGCUAGAAGCGCGCGCACCGACCUUUCCAAGCAGCAGGAACUCAGCGUGGUGCGCGAGCAGCCCGCCCCACUCGCCACGUGGCGACACGACCCCUGCUGACGUCGUGGGGACGCUCGAGCUGCUGGUGAAGGAGGUGCUGACGCCCGCGCUGACGUCACUAGGAAAGCCGGCCCACCCCGCCGAGAGCGUCGCGCGGCCGCACCCCGCGCACGGAGUCCACUUCCCCAUCGACACGUCAAUGGAUCUCGCGCCGGGCUCCUUCAACUACCGGCUUGGAGCAAUAGGCCCGAGAGGUUCCUCUGCCGACGGCCGCCGGUCCAGCUUUUGGAACAAGGGCAUAACCAGAGCUGAGUUGCUAAAAGAAGCGUAUGUGGAGGCCAAAGCAGCAGAAGCACGCAGGGUGCAGAGCGCGGCCGCGUCAAAGGUCGCCGGGCGCCAGAAGAACGGGUCCAAGCUGCAGACGCAACUCACUUAUGGAAAAAAGAUGCACUUCAAGCCUCCGCUUCGAGACGCCCAGCAAGGAACGGCGACCCUGACAGCCGGUAGGACUCCGAGGAUUGACGAGUAG